AUGGUACAAACACGCUCACAUACUCGGAAAGAUAACCAGCGAAAACAGCAACAUUCUGAUAGUAGCGACAUGGGAAGCUCUGAUGAGGAAAGGAAAUGCAGUUCAGCGUCUGUAGUUGAAGAACUUGAGAAAAAAUAUUUAUGCAAUGUGGAUAUCGACGAAUCAAUCAUCUUAUUAAAAUCCAUGACUGGCACCAGUCCAUGUAAGUUGGCAAGUGAACACAGUCUGUUAUUACUUGUACUGAAUCAUAAAUCUAUUGAUCGAAUUGGUGAAAAAGCGCAAUUUUUAUCGAUUUGCCGACAUACUCAUGAGGUGGAUUUGGCUUGGAACGAAUUUUCGUCGUGGGAGGAAGUUGCUGCUCUUCUUUCUUUGCCAAAAUUGAAAUUAUUAAAUUUGAGUUACAAUCCGCUACAGUCAUGUCUAAAAGAAUCAACCAUCCCUCUUGCUGCAAAUUUAGGGUCGCUUAUAUUGAAUGGAACUAACUUACCGAUGUCAACUGUACGAAAACUGCUGAAUAAAGCUCCAAGAUUGAAAGAAUUAUAUUUGUCGGAAAACAGGAAUCUGGAAGACUGUUGUGAUAUUGGUGACGAAGUCAUUUCUAAAUCGUUGGAGUCGUUACAUGUAAGCAAAUGCAAUAUCUCGCACUGGGAAACAGUGACGUCAUUAUGGAGAUAUUUCCCAAAUCUCAUAUCGUUAUCUCUGUCUGAAAAUCCUAUUCGAUCAGUAUUUUGUGAAACGAAUGGAAAAAAUCACUUGCAUGGAGUUUGUCGAUUAAGCUUAAAUAAAUGCUUGAUCGAUAAUUGGAUUUCAAUAGAACGUUUAGCAGAUAUUGAUACAUUACAAGAUCUACGCAUAGUCUCGAUUCCCUUGUGCAACGAAUAUACGAGUGAUGAGCAUUUUCAUCUUGUUGUUGGACGUAUUCCUCAACUCAAAAUUUUAAACGGGUCUGUAAUAACGGCUGAACAGAGAAAACAAUCUGAACGAUUUUUUAUAAGAUAUUAUGAUGUCCGUGAAACAAAACCAGAAGUAUUUGCGAAGCUCAUUGAGCAACAUGGACAUGUGGAACAGCUUUGCAAAGUUGAUAUGACCCCUAAAAAAUAUGCUGUUAUUGUUGUCAUAUGCGAAGAGACUGGCUAUAAUGGUAGCCUGAAAAUUUGCUUAACACAUACAGUUUCUUAUUUAAUGCGCUUGCUUGAGGAGUUAACAAAGAUUCCUGCUAAGCGAAUGCGAUUGUUUUACAUUAAUAGUGAGAAUCCGUUUCCGGAUGAGUUACGUUUUCCAAGUCAAAAGCUUCAAGCACUGCAUAUUGAGGAUGGUGAUCAGAUUUGUGUUCAGUCGAAAUUGAUUAUCAGUAGAAGAGAAACUGCCGCGAAGUAA